AAUAUGCAAAUAGACAAAAAUAACACAUGCUUUUCUGUUGUUUUGAAAGACAAUAAAAAUAUUUAAAUGGCAGUCUUUUCAAGAGCGAUUUGUGAAAUGAAUUUGUUUUGUGUCUGGACUUUACAGGAAGUUCCCUUGCUUGAACUUGGCUUGGAGGUUUGACUGAGUAAAUUGUUCCUUGACUUUUGAAUUAUUCAUCUUGGCUGCGUGAUACGCAAAUCACACUGCUCUCACUAUGUCUAGAGGCACAGUACUGGGUCAGAAGCUGCAUCAAGUUGCUGGCAAAGAAUUUCUGUCAAGGGAUUAGGACUUUCCGACAGAACGGUUAUUAUUCAAUCUAAUUUAACUCAGCAGAACUUGUCAGACAACUACGGUUUGCUGGGGAACAUGGCAUGGAAUGCAUCUUGCGAAAACUGGCUGGCAGCAGAGGCUGUCCUAGGAAAGUACUACCUUUCCAUUUUUUAUGGGAUUGAGUUCGUUGUGGGAGUCCUUGGGAAUAGCCUUGUGGUUUUCGGCUACCUCUUCUGUCUGAAGAACUGGAAUAGCAGUAACAUCUAUCUCUUUAACCUCUCUAUCUCUGACUUCGCUUUUCUGUGCACACUGCCCCUGCUGAUCAAAAGUUAUGCCAUUGAAAACUGGACCUAUGGAGAUGUGCUCUGCACCAGCAACCGGUACAUGCUUCAUGCCAACCUCUACACCAGCAUCCUCUUCCUCACUUUUGUCAGUAUUGAUCGCUACCUGCUCAUGAAUUACCCUUUCCGAGAACACCUUCUGCAAAAGAAAGAGUUUGCUGUUUUAAUCUCUUUGGCCAUUUGGUUUCUGGUGACCUUAGAACUUGUGCCCAUGCUUCUCUUUAUAAAUCCCGUUACAGGUGGCAAUAAAACCAGAUGUAGGGAUUAUGCAAGUUCUGGGGAGGCCAAGCCCAGCUUCAUUUACAGCAUGUGCCUUACCUUCUUGGGGUUCCUCAUUCCUCUUUUUGUGAUGUGCUUCUUUUAUUUCAAGAUUGCUAUCUUCCUAAAGCAGAGAGCCAGGCUACAGGCUGCCACGCUGCCCUUUGAAAAGCCCCUCAACUUAGUCAUAUUGGCCAUGGUGAUUUUCUCUGUGCUUUUCACUCCCUACCACGUCAUGCGGAACCUGAGGAUCAUUUCACGGCUGUGGGACGAGAACGAGGCCAAAUGCCCCAGGGCCAUCAUCCACUCCUUAUACAUUGUGACCAGGCCCUUGGCCUUCCUGAACAGUGUCAUCAACCCCAUCUUCUAUUUCCUUGUGGGGGAUCACUUCAGGGAGAUGCUGACGAAUAAGCUGAGGCACCACUUUCAAUCCCUUAUGUGUUUUAGGAGAUGUGCUAAUAGACUCAUGUUUUCAUUCAGAAAAGAGUGAGGUGCCUGUGGAACAGAACGUCUUAUGCACGCAGUUGUAGGCCAGUUAGAGUUUGAUGGACUCGGACAUAAACCAGAGCGGGUCACAGAUCCGGCCCUGAUUUAAAGACGUGAUGUACUCAGAGUACAUGAAAAGGAAGAGGAUGAGAAGAAUUUAUUUGUUUGUCCACUUACAAAUUGAAAGAAGUCGGACAAGCAGGAAUAUCUGGGCAUAUAAAUUCAAAAUCCUAGAUGUUAUAAUACCUCAAUCAGUGUAAGAAGAAUAGAAGCUAGAUAGAGUAGCAAGUUUGCAUUUAAUCAUUGGUUGGACUGUAAAAUAAAAUUGUUUUGGCAAAAUUCUCCUGUGUUUUUCUUAUUCAUACUCUCCUAUAACUUUAUGUGAGAAUUGAAUAGCAGAUUUUACAUACAUUAUUAAGUAUUAUUGUUAGAAGUUGUACUCUUAAGCAAAUUUAAAGUAAAGAGUAACAAUAAUGAGCAACAAAGCAAUAAAACAAGGUCAAGGAUACUUAUAUAUCCCUUUAUAUUGAUCAUGAAUUGGGUCAACUCUCCUUUUUGUUGUAUGGUUUAUAGUGUAAAUAAUCAUAUUGAAUAGAGAUAUUUAAUAAUGGGAAAGGAAUCUUUGAGCUUGGUUGUUAGGGAAUUUAGAUGUAAAUGAUUUUAACAAAAUACUAGAAAGAGAUACCAAAGACAAAAACCUCAGAGUUAUAGAACACAAAGUGCUUACCAGGAAACCCAAAGCAAGAAAAACAUCACAAAAGUGAGUAGAUUGUGGGAAAUCAUUGUGCCAUCUGGCAUUUAAUUAUCAUACUUUGAUCAUCAUUCCAUAGAACUAUAUUAAAGUUUAUUAGUCUUGCUGCUGUUCAUUAAAUAGGAAACUUUAAAGCAGUGGUUCUCAACCUUCUGGCCCUUUAAAUACAGUUCCUCAUGUUGUGAUCCAACCAUAAAAUUAUUUUCGUUGCUAUUUCAUAAAUGUAAUGUUGCUACUGUUGUGAAUCAUAAUGUAAAUAUCUGAUAUGCAGGAUGGUCUUAGGCAACCCCUAUGAAAGGGUCUUUCGACCACCAAAGGGGUCGUGACCUACAGGUUGAGAACCUCUGUCUUAAAGUAUAUUCAUAUGAUAAAACCAGCAAAUAAGAGGAACUGAAGUGUUAAUACUAGAAUUUGUUGUCUUAAUUUUCCAUUCUGGAGGAAAAAUCAUAGUUUUUCUCCUCCCAUCCCUACCCCCCGCCCCAGAUACACUAUUUCAUAAGCACUGGGAUAAUUUACAAGGAAAAUUUGAUCUUAGAGAGAGUGACUCACAUCUUGAUUGAGCCUUGUUUGCAUAGGACAUUACUUAACACCUUUGAAGGAAAUGUUCUAAACAAAAUACAUUUCAUGAAAUUACAGAGUAAGAGGAAUAUUUAUGUAUGUAUCAAUAUAGAUGAUCUCAGGAUGGUAAGACACCAUUCCAUGCCACAAAACAAAUUCAGGGGGAAAACGGUGCUUUUUAAAGUUAAACAAGUAUCAUGUAAUAAUUCACUUAUUAUAUGCAACGAGAUGUGUCUAUGGCCACAAGUCUCCGUUCCUUUCCUUGACGUCAGUAGUUAUAAAGCGUGAAUAACAUGAAGGAUAAAAUAAACAUGAGUGCAGAGACAUAAAAUUCAAUUUUCCUUCCUGUUCCAAGGUACUCUGGUCAUAUUGUACUCUGAUAUUCAAAAAGGACAAAAUAAUCCCAGUUAAUUCCUUUACUUCAAGCAACUGAAAUAUUAUAAAAGCACAUUACUCCAAAGGAUUUAUUUUC